UGGAUGUCUGAUGUGCUACACACAUACUUAAUGACACAACAUAUUGUCAGGGUGUUUGACUGAGGAAACAGGGGAGAGACGGUCUAUGAACAGGGUCCAGAGUUCUAAUUCUACUGGAGCAGUGUUCCUUCUUCCAAGAAGUUUUCCAUGCAGUCUUCAGGAGUCUGGAGAGAACAGAAGCCCAGAGAGUGAGACAUGUUCAGAGGAUGGUCACUGUCCCACACUGCAUAACAAAUGUGUUCAAAUAUGUGAUUUUUGUAAUCCUUUUUUUUUUUUAAUGGAAAACUCUUUUGAACAUUUUGGUUUGCGGGGAGCUGCAGCAGAACACGUGACUCCAUGUCCCCCUUGGUGCUCCUCUUUCAGGGCUCCUCUCUGAGGACCGCCUGCCUCCUCUCAGCGGUGUCUCUGCCUCUGAACGGCUCGUCAGGAGGGACGUGUUUCCGCUGCAUGUGGUGCUGAUGCUGCGCGCUCCUCUGGAGUCUGAAGACCAAUCAGAGCGCUUAUCAGACUUCACCAUCCCGUCUCUCUCCGGCGCACUUGUUCACCACCACAGUCCCACGACUCCCGCACUCUUCCUCCUGCCUCUGACAGGAAGAUGGUACCGUUCACAGAGCGUCCUGCACGCGGACCGAAGGUGUCACUGAUCGACUGGCUGCGGGACUUUUAAAGUCAUCAUGGCGCGUUACGCACGGGUUCUGCUCUUACUUUUGUGCUUGAUCCUGAUCGGGGAGUGCAGGAAACACAAAAGUAGGAAAAAGCGCUGGUCCGCGCCGGCGGAGACUCACAAGCCAGGCACUCCUCUGUCGAAGAAGGUUGCGGAUGGAACCAAAACUCGGAAGGUGAAGACGAGCCACCUUCUGCGCAUAGACGAGCAUGACUUCACCAUGAGGCCCGCCUUCGCAGGUCCAGCUGUUCCUGUUGGGGUGGAUGUUCAGGUGGAGAGCUUAGACAGUAUAUCAGAGGUCGACAUGGACUUCACCAUGACCCUGUAUCUGAGGCACUACUGGAAGGACGAGAGGCUAGCCUUCCCGAGCACCACCAACAAGAGCAUGACCUUCGACGGGCGCCUGGUGAAGAAAAUCUGGGUGCCUGAUGUGUUUUUCGUCCACUCUAAAAGGUCUUUCAUCCAUGACACCACCACUGACAACAUCAUGCUGCGGGUCUUCCCUGAUGGUCACGUCCUGUACAGUCUGAGGGUUACAGUUACUGCUGCGUGCAACAUGGAUUUCAGUCGUUUUCCUUUGGACUCGCAGACAUGUACGCUGGAGCUGGAGAGCUAUGCUUACACAGAUGAAGACCUGAUGCUGUAUUGGAAAAGCGGCGAUGAGUCCCUGAGCACUGAUGACAGGAUUUCUCUGUCUCAGUUCCUUAUCCAGAAGUUUCACACUACCUCCAGACUGGCUUUCUACAGCAGCACAGGCUGGUACAACCGUCUGUACAUCAACUUCACUCUGCGCCGUCACAUCUUCUUCUUCCUGCUGCAGACCUACUUCCCUGCCACUCUGAUGGUCAUGUUGUCCUGGGUGUCCUUCUGGAUCGACCGCAGGGCCGUCCCUGCCAGAGUCUCAUUAGGUAUAACCACAGUGCUCACUAUGUCCACCAUCAUCACUGGAGUCAAUGCCUCCAUGCCCCGGGUCUCCUACAUCAAAGCUGUAGAUAUUUACCUCUGGGUCAGUUUCGUUUUUGUCUUUCUGUCUGUGCUUGAAUAUGCUGCUGUCAACUACCUGACGACAGUGAGGGAUGGGAAAGACCGAAAGCUCAGAGAAAAAUCCCAGACACAGACACUUCCCUGCACCUGUGGCAUGUCCCACGCCAGGACCAUGAUGCUGGAUGGUACGUACAGUGAAGCAGACGCCAACAGCCUGGCAGGCUACACGAGAGCAUCCAUGGCAAAUGAGGAUGCAUCAGAAAAACAGGAGCGGAUGGUGGUGCAUCUCUCCCUAGACAACGAGCCCACAGGGCCCAAGAAAAAAGGCAUCCGUGGCUUUCGAAUCAUCCAAAACACCCACGCUAUCGACACCUACUCUCGCAUGAUUUUCCCAGGCGCCUACAUCCUGUUUAACCUGAUCUACUGGUGUGUGUACUGCUGAGCAUAUGCAUUGUAACUGUAGUGAAAGAAAAAAAAACUGUGAAACCUUUGACCUUAGUAGUUCUCAUCUGCAUGUUCAGGUGGAACACUGAGUUUGAUGGAUGCCAAUGAGAGGCUUCUAGGUGUGAAUAUCUGUAACUCUGACUCAUAUGCCACGAUGGACUGGACCACUUAUACAGCUUCUCCUCUUUUACAUAAUUAUAUGAAAAGCUCAUAUUUACCCCUGUCAUACUGCAACUACCUUGUGGGGCUGGUUGUGCAAGUUUUGCUUUUAGACUAUUCUAAUGCCAGCUGUACAAAAAUAAGACUAAAAUGUUAGCCACUGUAUCCCCAGGCUAUGAUAAUGCCAUCACUGCUGAUUCAACAACCAAUAUGCCCGCACCAAAACAGAGAUGACCGCCUGCCAGAUAUCUUCUUUUAAAGCUCUGUUUGCUUUGGUUUCAUUUUCAUUCCUGUGCUUUAACUUUAACACUAUUUUUAUGCCCCAUUUUUGUCUGCUACACUCAUCACCAAUUUUUUAAGUUAAAUGUCAAUGUAACGUUUUCAGAACAUAAAGCAAAAUGCUGAUUUAUUUCUGUAAGUUGACUUGCAACAUUCUGUAAAGGUGCAUGCAUCUCAUUCACACAAACAGCCGCUGUUUUCUUGCUAUUUUUCAUGGAUGUAUCUUGCUAAGUAACUAUGCAGAAAGAUAAUGUCCCCAUUCUUAAUUCGGUCUUGAAGCCUGAGUUGAUCAACAGGUCUGGAACAAACCUACAGAAGACCUUCACAGCAAGGUAAAAACACUUUGGACAUCUUGUCAUAUGAAGUUGGUUUUAGGUAACAUAUCAGCAAUCAGUUGCCUCAGACCAGCAAACACACAGCAACAUUAGCAUUCAUUUUUUUUAAUGACUCUUCUCUCUAUUUUGUUCUUCACCAUUUUGACCCUCAUCAUUUGGAUCUUGGCAUGGAUAAAUAUACAGAAUAUUGAUUUUAAAGGUUCCACACUGUCAUGAAAGCUUUGCAACGGGGUGCCUGGUACAUUGUGCACCCCUUGUACCAAACCUGAGUCCUUACCACAGCAUUCUGGGUUAGAUUUAAACCUGAGUAUGACCCACAUGUUUGCUGCUCGUCACGUCAUCCACUUUCUGUCUAUGCUCCUUCCCCUUCUGUCGUCAGCUACACAUCAAAGAAGGUGAAAAAGCCCAAAUUCUUUUAAAAAAAUCCAAAGCUUUGCACAACUAAGAAUCUGUAUGUUUAUCUGAAGUUGGACUGUUUGAUCUGAGGUCAAACCUUUGUGCAACCAGCCCCUGCCUAGACUUCCCUAAACAACACUCUCCUCAGAGGCUCAGUCUUCAUGAUCAAACUGUCAAAAAAAUAAGAGCAUAUAAUUUGGCUGCUAUUGCCUCUGUAACCUUUGAAAUGAACUGAGUCACAAUUGAAUGUGUCCAGAGCAGAUGGCUAAUGAGGCAGUAAGUCAGGCUUACUUCUGUUAACAGCAUUCUGUCUACAGUGACAACAUUUCAAUUACAGUGACAGUAAAUGCUGCUUCCCUGUACUCGUGGACUGCUAUUGGCAUUAACCAGACUGAAACAACCCGUAAUGCCAGGACUAAACAGGAUCUUGCUCUUUUAUUGGUGUUAAAGAACCACAGUUGCUGAGCAAAAUCUGUUUCCAUUUAUGUAUUCACAAGCUUGUUCAUUCAUCAAGUUUCUUUUAUUUAAUAUUUACUUGUUUGUUUUUAGUGCAGCAAUAGAUCCAUGUGCCAUUAUACUGUCAGUUGGCAAAGAUGCACGAUACAGGACCCGUACAGCACUGCUGGAUGCAUGCUGCAGACGUACGAUUCUGUAUCUUUCUAGCUGUAUAUUUCUUGAUGUAACCAACUUGAACCGCCUUAAGUGAACAUUUUUUUCAUACACCGACAUGGUUGGCUGUAUUCUUGUUUUUUUCAUUUGUUUGUUUGAGUUUCAUGAGUGACUGCAUAGUCAUGUUGGGGUUAUCUAAGCAGUAUUCCAUCCAGUUUAGCAUUUAUUCAUGUGGGUAAAUAGUAUGCUAGAAGCUAAACCGAGGCUGGCCACACUGUGAUCACCCAUCACAAGUGCUGCAGUUUCGUUCCACAAUUCUGAUUUACAAGUCAAUGUUUCAAAAGCAGAUUCUACCUUCAAACAUAUGACCUUAUUCACUUUCUUGCCAAGAGUUAGAUAAGAAGAUGCACCUGUGAGGCUAUAGAGCUGGACACAGGAGAUGCUUAGCUUAGCUUAGCAUAAGUAUUGGAAGCAGGUGGAAACAGCUAGCCUAGCUAUUAGCAACAUUAAACAUACACCUACAGCACCUCUAAAGCUUUCUGGUCAACAUGUUUUAUCUUGUUCGUUUAGACAUCAUGAGGUGUUUCUGUUUGGGAGGAGUUUACUUUAAUUAGUUUUUCCUUAACCAAUCAGAAAUGAGUGACAAAUCCAUCCUGAUGACAUCAUAACCUGCAACCAGCACAGCUGUGUCAAUCUCAGCUGCACUUGUCACUAUUUUCACGUUUUCAUGAAUGUAGCUUGGUAGGCUAGCUAUAUGGUUCCCAUCCUCAUUCCACAUACCAGGCUCUGAUUGGUUGUGUUUGGAAGCAGAUGUCAGUGCACACAACACCAGACCAGUUUGACUAUGUGAACAAAUCAAAGGGGGUUCACAGAUCCGAGUCUGAGCCAUACUAAUCAUUUCUUGGCUCUAGCUCUCUCACUUGUUGCCCAGGUAUGACAUCAAAAUCUUAUCUUUUCCUCUCUAAACAAGAAAGUGAAAAUGUGCAUUUUGUAAAAGGGUCAAACAGUUCAUAUAUGCACUCUAGCUCCAUGGCAGCAUUCAUUUGCCAAAACUAAAUGUGAUUCCCCCCCUCCCUUUUUUUCUUAUGGUGCAUAUCACCUUGGAAUGAAACUCUCAUAACAGCAAGUUAGUUGAUUUCUCAGUCAAAAAAAAAAGUAACAAGAAAGACGAGCACGCUUGCAGAUCCGUCAGCUUCCAAACCGACAUCACUUCUACCUUCAGCUUCAGACAAAAUGUUCAGAAUGUAAUGCUUUCAGAGCAAAUUUCAUAAAUAAAGUCUUUCUUUCACACA